AUGGCGACCACACUGGCUGACGACAAGCGUACUCAAUUACAGCCUGUCUGCCAAAACUGCGGCACCUCGACUACUCCCCUGUGGCGCCGCGACGAACUCGGGUCUGUUCUCUGCAACGCCUGCGGUUUAUUCCUCAAGCUCCACGGUCGUCCUCGUCCGAUAAGCCUGAAAACCGAUGUGAUCAAGAGUCGCAACCGCGUCAAGACCGGCCAGGGCCCCAAACGGAAGUCCGGAGGACCUAUCGACACCAAUGGCCUGGCAGCUUCACGAUCAGAGGCAGGGACUCCUCCCCUUGGCUCACAAGGAUACCGUCGCGCGUCGCGUAAGAUGUCCCCGGGCCAUUCGGAUCGGUCCAACUCCCCCUUGUCCCGGACGGAGACGCCGGGCCUCGCGGCGAUGCACUCGCAUAACUCGAAUAUCGCGCCACAGCACAUGUUCGACAGCGUCACUUUGGGCGACAACACCUUGAACUCUUCCGGCAGCCUCCCCUCUCUUCAGCUGCGGCAAUCCUCUCCCUCCGCAGCCGACCGCCAACCCGACUCCCCCCAGACCUACGAAAGCAUCCUGGCCCUCAACUCCUCUCUGAAGACACGCGUGAGUGAACUGGAGUUUGUCAAUGAGCUGUUCCGCGGUCGCGUCGCAGAACUCGAACAGAGUGACGCCAGUGCGCGUCGAUCCGAGAUGAUCGUCCGGGACUCGGAGGUCCGUCUGCGCCGGUCGCUCGAGGAAUCCCAGCGUCGCGAAGAGGAUCUCAAACGACGUGUGGGCGAUCUUGAGCGCCAGUUGGGCUCCGGCGAUCACGAGAGCUCGGGUGAGCCGCAAGCGAAGAAGAUCCGCCUGGCGGACGUGGUGGAACAGUCGGAAGAGGAGCCGCAGAUCAAAUCGCCCAGCGCUUAG